CUCAACCUACAACUUAUACGCUGCAUAUGGGAUAGUCUUCUUCCUUGAUCUGUUUGACCAUCUCUCUCUAUUGUUCACUGUCACUUUGAACCACAUAUGCCCCCUUUCUCGAGCCCGGCCGUUCCUGUCCCUAGAGACCUCCGGACUUUGCCCGUCGGCCACCCUCAGAGUGCCGCGGAACUAGGAUUGCUGUCAACGUCCCCAAACCCUACCCCUUUAACAAGUGACGACGAGGAUGAGGGCGGGAACUCUAUUGAAACUGGUACUUCCAGUAACGUGGAGAGGAACUCCAAUAGUUUCUCACAUGGCUCGCACCGUCCAGGUGAUAGUAUCGACAACCCGAGUGUCCUCGAUGCUACAACAACGGUAGCCAGUCAUACAACAAAUGUUAUAGAUGCCGUUUCGAACAGCCGCCAGCAAAAAGAGUGCGGCACCGGCGUGGUAGAUCUCGUGUUAGGCUGUGGUCACGUUUAUUGCUAUGAUUGUUUCAACAAAUUCUUUCACGAUUCUGUGCUCUCCAAAGCCCUGGGAGAUUCUAAAUUGGCCUUUGAGUAUCCAAGAAAACGACGUUGCGAACCAUGUUGUCCAGUUUGCAAGAAGACUCUUCCCGGCUGUUUUACUCGUCCAAAUAAUCGCGAUCGUCUCGUCGGCUUCUACGUUCCUAUGCGCUGCCCAGGUAUCAAAUUAAGGAUGCUGUGA